UAAAAAAAACCUGCUCCGUGUGUGGCGAGACGAGCGCGGCGGUGCAGGUGCUGUGUCUCACCGGGAGAGGAUGCGGACGGAAGGACGGCGGCGGGCAGGGAUGAAAGGGAGGCUCGGCGGCGGGGGAGACGACAGCGGACGUGAGAGCAGCAGCAGCAGCGGCGGCCGUCGUCGUCGCUGACGGAAGAGCGGGGCGCAAGGUCGAAUAUGAGACAUUCUGCUCGGACGAAGGGGGCACCUGGCGUGGCGACACUACUAUGAUUUGGUAUGUGGCCGCUCUGAUAGCAAGUGUAUUCAGCACCAGAGGAACGGCCGCCCAAGGUGCCCACGGAGUGAGAGAAGAGCCUCGGUUUGUGACGGCCCGCGCCGGAGAGAGCGUGAUCCUGGGGUGCGACGUGUCCCCUCCCCUGGAUGGCCAGCAGCCCCCCUACGUGGUGGAGUGGUUCAAGUUCGGAGUGCCUAUUCCUUUCUUCAUCAACUUCCGCUUCUACCCUCCCCAUGUGGACCCGGAGUACACUGGCCGAGCCUCUCUGCACGGGAAGGCCUCCCUGCAGAUUGACCCGGUGCGCUCGGAAGACCAGGGCUGGUACGAGUGCAGGGUCCUGAUGCUGGAGCAACAGUACGACACCUUCCACAACGGCAGCUGGGUGCACCUGACGGUCAAUGCCCCGCCUACAUUUACAUCCACGCCACCGCAAUAUGUGGAGGCAAAGGAAGGCGGCAGCAUCCUGCUCAGCUGCUCCGCCCAAGGAAACCCCAAACCAACGAUCAGCUGGCUGAGGGAGGGCGAGGAGCUGACAACCAACUCCAAAUAUUCGGUGCACGAUGGCAGCUUGACCAUCCUGGGCAUAACCCGCGAUGACAGAGGGGCGUACACCUGCAAGGCCCACAGCGACCAGGGGGAGGUGCUGCACACCACACGUCUGCUGGUUCAAGGGCCUCCUUUCAUCGUUUCUCCGCCAGAAAACGUCACCGUAAACAUAUCCCAGAAUGCACUCUUCACCUGCCAAGCGGAGGCGUAUCCUGGCAACCUGACAUAUACCUGGUUUUGGGAGGAGGAUAACGUCUACUUUAAGAAUGACCUGAAGCUCCGCGUGCGCAUCCUCAUCGACGGCACCCUCAUCAUCUUCCGGGUCAAGCCGGAGGACGCCGGGAAGUACACCUGCAGUCCGAGCAACAGCCUCGGCAUCUCGCCCUCGGCCUCGGCCUACCUGAUUGUUCAGUACCCCGCCCGGGUGAUCAAUAUGCCCCCGGUCAUCUACGUCCCUCGCAAACUGCCAGGAAUCAUACGCUGCCCGGCGGACGCCAACCCUCCUGUGACAUCGGUGAAGUGGGAGAAAGACGGCUACCCCCUGAGAGUGGAGAAGUACCCCGGUUGGAGCCUAUUGCCAGACGGAAGUAUUCGCGUGGCAGAGGCCACGGAAGACUCCCUGGGCACCUACACCUGUGUGCCUUACAACGCCCUGGGUACCAUGGGCAUGUCCCCCCCUGCCACUUUGGUGCUAAAGGAUCCCCCUUACUUUAACGUGAGGCCUGGGGGGGAGUACCGCCAGGAGGCCGGCAGAGAGUUAGUAAUCCCCUGUGCUGCUUCUGGAGACCCCGAUAUUCCAAGUAUCACUUGGAGAAAGGUGGGGAAGCCGAGCAGGAGCAAGCACAACAUCCUCCCCAGCGGCAGCUUGCAGUUCGUGUCCCUCAGCAAGGAAGACCACGGCGAGUGGGAGUGUGUCGCCACCAACGUGGUCACCAGCAUCACUGCCAGCACCAGGAUCCUGGUCAUUGGCACCAGCCCGCAUUCUCCCGGGAACAUCCACGUCUUGCCCUCAACCACCUCCGCUAAUGUGUCCUGGGAGCCGGGCUACGACGGCGGCUUCGAGCAGACCUUUUCCGUGUGGUACGGCCCAGUGUCAAAGAGAAUAGACUUCGGUCCACAUGACUGGCAUUCAAUGCCGGUUUCCGGUGCUCAGACUUGGUUGCUGGUGCCAGGGUUGGAGCCGGGGACGGAGUACCAGUUCAGUGUGCUGGCCCAGAACAAAUUGGGCACGGGCCCAUUCAGCGAAGUUGUGACAGUCAACACGGCAGGCUCCCCUCUGGUCACCCCAGAACCACUGGUGCUUCUCAGCCCACCUCGGUGCCUCACAGCCAAUCGCACGCAGCACGGUGUCCUCCUCACUUGGCUCCCCCCGGCCAACCACUCCUCCCCCAUCAACCGCUACAUCAUCGAGUUCCGCCUCGGGGAGCGAUGGGAAACCCUCGACGACUUGAUCCCGUCCACGGAGACCGAGCUCAUCGCCAGAGACCUCGUCCAGGAAUCCUGGUACGAGUUCCGAGUGAUGGCCGUCAUGGAUGAUCUGAUCAGUGAGAGCAGCAAUGUCGUGGGCGUGUCCAGCACAGAUCCCUUCCCCCCCGCCGAGGUGGCUGACGAGGGGCUGGCGCGGCCCGUGGUGGCGGGCGUCGUGGCAACCAUCUGCUUCCUGGCAGCGGCGGUGCUGUUCAGCACGCUUGCGGCUUGUUUCGUCAACAAGCAGCACCGGCGCAAACUCAAGCGUAAACCGGAUCCGCCGUUGUCGGUGACGCACUUCAGAAAAAGCGUGGAAUCCCCGCCUCCUCUCACCCCCUUGCCAGGGGUAGAGCCCUGCUGGGACCAGCCUGCCAGGAGCACUUUCUUGCCCCCGCCUGCCAGCCCCCUGUUAUCAUCAGGGAAGAUAAGCCCAGAGAGCUCCCCUCUGUCUCGGCCCCGCUCCAUUUCUUCAGAGGGCUCCCACGGCCCAGGCCUCUACGUCAGGAAGCUUCCCAGCCCGCAGAGGGACAAGGACAAAGAGCUGUCCUUCUACAAGAAAACCAAGCGUGCCAUAGCCAGCAGGAAGUACAGCGUGUCCAAGCACGAGGCGGAAGUCACCACGCCCAUCGAGCUGAUAUGCCGCGGCCCGGACGGCCGCUUCGUCAUGGAUUUCAGCCCGCCGGCCCGCCGCAUCCAAGGCUUCCCCUUCGCCGAGGAGUCCGACUUGUAUCCGGAGUUCCGGCAGUCUGACGAGGAGAACGACUUCGACCCGGGUCCUCUGCCGCCCAUUAUGCCCACACUGCGGCCCCAGCUCUCCCCGACGUCCUCCAGCCUGGAGUCCACGCAGCCCCCCACUUACAGCCCCCGCCUGCACAGGGCCAUGGAAGAUAUGAGCUUUGCAGAGGGCAGUGCACUUCACGCCUCAGGGCAGGCCCCGACCGCCCGCUACCGAGGCUUCCCCCAGGGCCCGUUCUAUGGGUAUCUAGGCAGCCGUAUCGAAUCAGGGAUUCCGCCACCAUUCUACAUGCCCGACAUCAGCCCGCAUAGCUCUGCUCUGUCCUCCCCCCCAGGCACUGCUGAGGGGCCCUUUGGUUACCCCUCCAUCCCUGAGGAGAGUGGAGAGAUGGAGCACCAUCAGUACACCGCCUCUGGCCAUUCCUUGUCACACACUCAUAGCCCUCCCUCGCACUCACCUGACAGCUGGCAACCUCACGAAUUACCUUUUCUGGGUCUGGAGGGCCCGCGCUUCAUGUUCCCCUCUCACCAUGCCUCACAUCACCCUCCGGACAUGCCGGACCCGCCCUCUUACGCCGCCCAUUCGCUUCCCCACGGGCGCCUACACCUCCCACCCCUUUCGGAUCCGACGAGCCCGAGACUCCUGCAGCUGGAGGUCCCUGUGGCUCCCCCAGGCAGAGACAGGCCCCCGGGGCCUCCGGUCAGGCGUUCAGCUAUGCAACAGGCCCAAAGUCUCGGCCAACUCAGACACACGUCCCAUGGAGUGGGUGUACCAGUGUUGCCUUACCCUGACCCGGCAGCUCGUGCAGGGAGCCCAAGCACAGCCCCCAGUAGUAGCCCCCAGUCCUGGCUCAGCCCGAGGGCGGGACGCCGAGCGGACCCUACCCUACCCCCCUUAGUACUCCAACCUUCCCGUCUUUCUCCGCUCUCCCAGAGCCCUCUUAGUACCCAGCCAGGUUCCCCGGAUAUCCUCGUGCGCCCCCCUCCGCGCCCCGGCAUCCUCCGAACCUCUCGAUCUCUGGAGAUGCCGGAGCUCACCCUGCAGCCCUCAGGCGCCGCCACGUUCUCCCGCAGGUCCUCCCUGACCGCCUCUCCCACUCAGAGUCAGGGAGGCCAACUGGCCAGUCCCAGUUACCACGCCGCCCACAUGUCCUACGCCUCCACGGCAGCCAGCUACCCCUCGCAGUCCCCGACUCCCCCGCCGGAGGGCAGGGAUGUUUUCGGGCAAAGGCCAUCCCAGAGACGGACAGAGGAGGAGGUGCUGCCCUCCGAGCCCUCCCAGCUCCAGAUAUCAGCCUCAGGCUAUCUGGGCAGCGUUGUGACCCGAUCCCCCACGCCACAAUAGGGAACCUCUAGGUGGGUCUGGUGAUCCUGCUGGGUCUGAGAGUUUACCAGCACUGCUGCACACCUGCAUCACGAAAGCCAAGGGAGUGGCCGCCAAAAACAACAAUAACAACGCAACUUCCGCACGAAGGAUCGGUG